AUGCUCGUACUGAUCUUUCCAAGGUUGUUUCUAAACCUCGUCCAGCGGUGCACCAUGUCUCAGUCAACGGCCCUUCGUCCUCCAUUCAACCCUUUGAUUAAUCCGGUGCAUUCCAAGCCAGUGCUGGUAGAAGAGCACCUUGAGUCCCAGCGCCACAUUCUCUUAUCGCGGCCAUACUGUGGAGCGCUACUGUUUGAGAACAGCACCUCGGAUGCUCGCGACCACUGCGCGAAUGAGCGCACCUUUCUUUCAUGGCUGCGUCUGUCUAUGUACUUAGCCGUCGUCUCACUCGCCAUCAUCAUCUCCUUUCACUUUCGCGACCAGCCUACCGUCCUGGAGAGGCGCAUGGCCUUGCCGCUCGGAAUCAUCUUCUGGAUUCUCAGUUUGACCUGCUUGGCGAACGGCUUUGCAAACUACUCGCGGACGGUCAUGAAGUAUGCUCGCAAGGCGGCCUUGGUGCAGAGUGGGUGGAAGACCCAGGUAGUGUUUACAGUGGUGGGGACGGUGAUUCUGGGUAGUUGCAUUUUGUUUUUGUCGACGGAUCCGGCUCAGUAA